GGAAGCCAUGGGACACAGGUCCUGGGUCCGAGCCGUGAAGUGUCAGCUGCUGGCAACCAGCCUCUUCAUAAUGUUGCUUGGAUUAUCAGUAAGCAUAUUGACCAUUAUCACCUACUAUGGAAAGCACUUUACUGUCAUAAAAGAUGUCUCCUUGGAGAAAAAUGCCUACUAUAGAACUUUUCACAGUGUAGUUUUAUACACUGGGAUGUGCCUGAGCCUCAUUCUGAUGGUUGCUUCUCUACUGAGUAUUGUUGCCACAGUGAGAGAACUGGAAAGAGGAAUGGCUGUGGGGUUCUUCUGUUUUGCUAUAGUGUUUUGUGUAUCAGUACAAGCAACAUAUUGGACAGUUACCAACAGUGCUUUGGUUGAAGAUGCCAUGAUGGAUGUAUAUGACUUUGUUUAUGAGGAUGUGAGAAGCAACACUUCCAACAGUAAAAGAGAGGAGCUACAAACCAUCCACCAAACGUUUCUUUGCUGUGGGAAGAGGUCACCCUUUGGUGAAGAAAGCAAUAUUGAAAAUGAGAUGUGUCAGUCAAAAAUGGUGGAUUCAGCAAAAGAGGAUUGCCUUCAGGAGAUCCAGCACUUCCUGAAAAAACAUAUGGAAUUUGUCUCCAUACUGAUGACCAUCACAGUUUUCUUCAUGGUGUAUGGGAUGAUCUUAACUUCAUUCCUUUGGUACUCUAUCCACUUCAAUAACAGUUUGGACCGAAAGGGCAAAUAUAUCCUAGCAAAGCAAUAGAAGAUUGGCUUUUGUCUCAUGCAGAAGAAAGGAAGAGGUUAUUGGACACCAAAACAAAUUGGAUUGUUUUCCUGCAACUAUGAAUGGACAGUGGAUAUCCCUGAAUUUUAUUCUUCAGUUUCUUUAUUUUAUUUUCAAAAUUUCCAGUUCCAAAUAUGGUUGAACUAAUAUGACACAGCCUGUAAGGCUGCAAUGUCUAUAGACAAAGAGCUGACUGACCAAAGUGUUCAUGCAACACUGAGUGGAAACAUGAAGGUAGGAUAUAAACCAGGAACCAAGAAGAUGCCAGCCACAAAUAUGUUUGCCAACGAAAAGCCAUAAUUUAGAGCCUUCAAAAUAGCAAGUGAAAACAAACCACAUGUGCCAACAAAAAGGAAACUCAAGGAUGUGAAAAUUAUUUAGCUCAUGAAUCAGUAAGAAUCUUUUCAAAGUAACAACUAUGUGUAUAUAUGUAUGUAUUAUUUUUCCGGUGUAUAAGAUGACUGGGCGUAUAAGACGACCCCCAACUUUUCCAGUU